AGAAGAUCGCGUGCCCGCUUGGUAAAAUUUGCCACUGUCUGGGCUCAGUUUCGCGGUGGCAGUCGAAGGAGCAGGUUGAACAUUUUAAUAGUUGCGGAAAGUGAGCAAAGAUGAAGCCGAUAACGACGGGGAGGACUUUGCUGCUCUGGUUGGCGAUUUUCUGUGCUUUUGAGAUGGCUUUUGCUCUAAUUGAGGAUGAUUACGACGACGAUGAUCCUUUUAAAAGCAUGAGGAAAUGUUCCGUAGGAUACUGCGUGUCCAUUCACCUGUGCCAAAAUAAUAGUAUCGUGACGGAAGGCGAAGGUUUAAUCGAUGACCGAACUGGCGCUGACGAUUACGAUGAGCCCAUAAUCGUCAGCACCGACAAAGACGAUAACGACGAUGUCUGCGAAGAAUUUUUGCUCAAGUGCUGUCCUCACGGAGAUCGAGCUAACAUUCGAGAAGUUCCGCCUGUACCGGAAUCUAAAGAUCAACCGGACGCUUCACCGCCAAUGACCUGCGGUCAGGGUCAUCCCGAUGGUUACAUCUACCGCGUGAACAAAACCGAUUCCGUAGCCCAGUACGGCGAGUUCCCCUGGACCGCGGCACUGUUCCGCGACGAUCCGAUGUCAGAUGAGCCGCAAUACUUUUGCGGUGGAUCGUUGAUCGAUCCGCAGGUCGUCCUAACGGCAGCCCAUUGUCUGAGAAACUUCUCCGACCCGCACGGAUUGACGGUCCGUCUCGGCGAGUGGGACAUUGUCAACGCGAACGAACCACGCAAGCACAAGGACUUUGCCGUGCGGAAGAUCAUCAAGCACGAGGAGUGGCAUACCAAGAAAUACCACAACGAUCUGGCCCUACUGAUCCUGGAAAAGCCGGCUAGUCUGGGUCCGACCAUCAACACGGUUUGCCUGCCGGAAGUGGACGAAGAUUUCAACGGUAAACGGUGCGUGGCCGUCGGUUGGGGUAAGGACGUCAAGAAGGACAAGUAUGCUGAAGUGCUGAAGAAGGUCGAACUUCCGGUGGUGGCCCACGGGCCUUGCCAACGGAUGUUGCGUCAAACGCUGCUUGGACCGAUCUUCCAGCUGCACUCGAGUUUCCUGUGUGCCGGCGGGGAAGCCGGAGUGGACAUGUGCAAGGGCGACGGAGGCGCACCGUUGAUGUGUGAUCGUGGAGACGGGAACUAUGUGCAAGCCGGGAUCGUGGCCUGGGGAGUGGGUUGUGCCAAGGAGAACGUUCCGGGGGUGUACGUGAAGGUGGCCAAGUUUGUCGAUUGGAUCGAGGAUCAGCUGAAACUGGAAGGUAUUGAGGCUGUUGCGAGGAACUAAAGGGGAAAUGAAUUGUGAUGAUAAAGAAAUAAAUGAUUUUUUGGAG